GACGAAAAGAAGAGAAUAAUUUGAAGGGUGAAGAAAGGAGAUAGAAAGAGAUAGAAGAAGAAGAAGACGAAGAAGAAGAAAAUGGGCUGCAACACGAGCAAGGAAAGCGUCCAGCCAGCUGCGGAGGAAGCGAAGGAGGAUGUCAAGAAUGGAGAUAUUCCAAAAGUAAACGACACUGAAAACAGUUCGAAAGAAACAAAAGCGGAGGAAACUUCGAAGGGAGAUAAGUCCGAAGAUAAGAAGGAGGAGGAUAGUGAAAAAGUAGAAGAGAAAGAAGAAGACGUUUCGGAUCAACAUAAGGUCGAAGCUGCAACAAGGAUACAAGCAGCAUUUCGCGGACAUCACGCGAGAAAGAGUAUGAAAGAGACUGAUACCUCGAAACAACAAACGGGGACCAACAAAUCAGAAUCCGAGCCGACCAAGGAAGAAUUGCAACAGGAAUUCCGUGCCGACGAUAAAGAACUCUGCGACGCAGCAACAAAGAUACAAGCAUCUUUCCGUGGCCACAUGUCGAGAAAGGAACAAGCCGCUUCAGCUCUCGUCAAGUCGGCGGGAGAAAUCGUUGAAAAUGCUGCUUCCAAAAUAGAAAAAAAGGUUGAAGAUGCUGUGAACGAAUUAGAGGGUAUAGAUCUAACGGAUCCGGAUUUGCACAAGGCAGCGACAAAAAUCCAAGCGAGCUUCCGAGGUCAUAAGGUUCGCCAAGAGGUUUCCGUUGCUCCAACCACCGAAGCCGAGGAUAAGAAAUAAGAUGGCGGCCGGGCGUGUCGGCCAUCUUGGGAAGAGGACCGAAAGUGAUUUUUUCGUAUAUUCCCAGGGAGCGACGAAGGCAGCUAGUUUCUUGA